AUGUUCAUAGCAAGUUACUUCGAUCGGAGGGACAGACUGCACGAGAAGAAGGAGCACAAAGUAAACAAUGAGGAAGAGAAAAGGAAUAAAAUAGAGAAUAUUUUAAAAAACGCCCUACAUUCAUAUAAGGGAAGAGAGGCAACAAGUAACAGAAGGGACGAAAAGGAGGAAAUAAAAAAAAUCCUGUUAGAAUUCCUAAAGAGGAAGUUAAAGAAAACAAAAAGGAGGAAUAUCAUUAAAGGGUAUCCCCCAGAUUAUUAUCAAAAUAGUAAUAGCAACCUUCCUGCAGAAGAAAAUUCGCUUGAUGAAUUCACCAGUGAUAGCGAAAUAGAAACCACAAUAAAGGAAAAUAAAAAUAUAAAAAAUUGCGCAGAAAAAAUAACUCUAUUAAGUACUAUCUUAAAACAUGACAAGUUAAAAGAUAUGAACAUACAGGAGGUCUAUAGAAAAAUAGACACAUACAUUGGUGAGAGUCAAAACGAUAUUAAGCAGAUAAACGGAAAAUUGGAAAAUAAUGCAGAGAAAGAAUUAAGGAUAGGGAGGGACAAUCUGUCCAAGUUGUACUCCAUCAAAACAGAGUUGGCAAAAAAUAAAAUUUUGCAAACAGAAACGGAAGGAAGUUGUAAUGCCAUUGAACAUAUGAUAAGCGAAAUGAAAAUGAUACAAAAAUUGGCCAAGCAGAAGGAGUACAUUGUAAUUUUAAAAAAUAGCUUAAUCAGACUUGAUUACGCAAAGAAAUGUGCAGUCAGCAGAAAUUACGACGAAACGUUAAGUAUAAUUUUGGACAUUACUAGGAAAUUUCACUUAUUUAAAAAAAAUGGAAAGGAACAAAUUGCUAAGGGGAUUCAAUUUUUUCUCCCCAUACUAACAGAAUAUUACAUGAGUAGAACCCAGUUCCUACUCUCCAGUAUUUCGUGGGGUAAUAACAUUUCCAACGUUUUAACCAACGAGCUGGAACAACUACUAAACGAUUUUACUGACGGGGAUGAUGAGUAUUCAAUUAUCGUUGAGGAGGAGUUUCCCACCAGCACGGAGAAACGAUCAUCUACAGGUGGAACCCCGAACGAGUAUACCACCGAAACGAAUGGCAGUAACACCGCUUUAUGGAAUAACCAUAGUGGGGAUAAAGGCAAAUCGCUCCAGGAAAAAAUUAAAAGUGCCGUCAUCUUCGAAAGUGCGUAUAUUUCCCUUCUUCAAAAGGAAAGCCAAGAAUUUGUGCACACACUAAUUAGCUGGAAUUUGAUGGAAAAAAUUGACGACUAUUUAAAGGGGGAAAAAAACAGGGGAGAGAAUUUUUCCCAUCAUAGAUGUGAUUGCCCCGUUAAAUUUAUCGAUCAAAUGGCUAGCUGCAUAAUCACAUUUUUUAGGUCCUUUUUCCAAAAUGAGGAAAGCCCCCUUUUCAAAAUUGACAAACCGGAAUGGGGACUGAAGUACCUGUUCUACCAGUGCGUGAUUAGCAACACAAUAUUGAAGACGUUCCUAAGGUUCGUCUAUGAGGGGGACUUUAAGGGCAGCGUGGUGCUGGGCCAGGCCUUGCACGAUGCGUUCAUGUGCAGUGGUCAGGGUGGCAAUGAACAUAAUGAUGUACACCGUGGUAGCCACUCCUAUGAUGACCUGCCAAUUGCGCAGGGGUUAAGCAACCCAGAGGUUGACCCUCCCACAUCAGGAGGCGUUUACUUUACCUCUGAGGAUAGCCAGCACGAUGAAGAUAAGACAGAUGUAAAAAGCCUUUUCAGCACGUACAGCAUGAUGAGCAGCGAGCAGAAGGAGAGCAUCCUGUACGACAUAACGAACUGCGAACAGGUCAUAAGGAAUCUGAAUUUUAAAAUAAUCAAUGAGUGCAGGUUGUAUAUACUGAGUCGAUGCGCCUACUUCAUCCAGCUGUACCAUGUGGAAGAAAAUAAGGGUGAAAUAAAAAAGGCAUUUUUAAAUUUCAUACACCAUGUUCUGAUGCUUUACAAGAAAUGGAUGCUAUAUGACGAGGUCAACUGCAAGCAUUUGCUGGACGACUUUCUGAACAACACUUUUGUGCGCGUGUUAGAUGUGGAAAGGUUCGCACCGGGCGGGGAAAAGAAAGUAACCAGCGGCAGCCAUGACGCAGAUGCGGAUGUAAUUACAAGUGCAGUUUCUGAUGUAGCUACCGGUGCAGGUACCACUACAAGUGCGUACGAAUCAAACCAGCGCAGCAUACAGGAACUGCUCAAAGCAAGGGCGGACGGGCCCAGCGAGGUGAAAGGGGUCCACAUGAGAAACUUCUUCCUACUAAUCGAAAAGGAAUUCCUCGUUGAUAUUUUGAAAGACAUGGCCGUCAACAACUGCUGCGUGAAGUUGAAGAAUAAAAUUAUUCUGGAGGAGGCCGACUGCGUCAGUGAGUAUGUCCACAUUUUUAUAGAGUUGCUGAAGAAGGUGACGAGGAGAAUGGAUCUCUUUCAUCAUGCUGAGGGUGGGGGAAGCAGCACCCACGAUGGAGGCUACACUCCCCGCUGUGACCGCUUCGUGGAAAAGUACCUCCAGCAGGUUGUGAAGGAGCUACUUCUCAUCGUGAAGGACGAAUUUAGACACCACUGGAACAGCAUAAACGAUCUGAUAGGCGAAUGCAGCAGCACGUGUCUGCUUUACGUGUCCUUCUGCUCGAUAAACAAAUUCCUCGCCAAUUUCCAAUACAAGAAAUAUUUGCAAGAAACCAUUUCGAGCUUCAAUCAAUUGGAAAAAAAAAUGAUGAAUAAUUUUCUAGACGCAUUUUACCAUUUCAUUUCUAUCAGAAUAUAUAAUUUCUUCUCAACGAAUAAUAUUUUUCAUGAGUAUAUCCUGAGCAAUCUUUUUAAGAUGAAAAAAUGCCUCCCAGGUGAUCUCUUCCAAAAUUUGUGCGGCAGGAUAUUGCAGAAAUUAGACUCCAAAAUUUUAUCUUUCCUGAUGAAUCAGAGCAAUACAUAUUUACACAACGAAUGUAUUUUCAAUACGUUCCUUAGUAACGCUUCCUUGAUACUGCAUCAGCUGGACGACCUUCAUAUGGAUGUAGAGGGUGGUGGUCGUAGUGAUGACCGGGGGGGUACGUGUUGCAUGCCACGUUUAGAAGAAAUUAUCCACCUCAUGACAGAUGAUGUAGAUACUUUGAAGAGAAGAAUUCACCAACUUAAAAGUAACUAUAAUUUGUUGCUAAAUGAGAAAAAUAAGAAUUGGCUAGUUCAGGUCACCAAAAUUACCAAUGCGCUUUUGCGGGACGAUGAUGAAGAGGAUUCCAGUGAUGAGCACUCACCGUUCCAUGCCCAUUAUGCAAAGGACGAUGCAAAUAAGGCUUGUAAAAUUUCGCUGAAAAAAAUUAAAAUGCUCCUUUUGAAGCGCCCGGAUAUCAAGCAGAUCGCGGAGAAGUCCAUCGUCAUUCAGGAGUUCAUCCAGGUGUAG